AUGGAUCCAAGCGAGCGAGACAAUCCACCGCAGAAGAAGAAGAGGAGAAAAAGGAAGAAGAACAACAACCACGACGACGACGAAGAGAAGAAGCAGAAGAAGAAGAAGAAGAACUUGCAAAAGAGAAAAGGAAAAGACGGAGCAGCAGCAACCAGCGACGCCGGCCAGGAUGUGACAGGGACAAGGCGAGUCACGGACAGCAGCUGGCCAGACUUCAAUCUUCGUCUUCUUCGUCGUCUUCUCUGCUUCUUCGUCUUCUACUUAGUCGUCUUCUUCGUCUUCUUCUACUUUUUCUACUGCUUAUCGGCCCCACUGCGAAACUCGGGGCGGCGACUCGAAGUUGGCCCUGAACGCUGCACACGAAAGGUACCGGGGGGUACUUUGCCCUUCCUUCGGCCUCCCUCUGGCCGUCCGGCUCUGUUCUAUCACCAGUCUACUAUUGCUAGUAAUAAUUAUUGCUCUGCUGUUUCUGCGGUUCAGUUGCUCUAUUGCUGUUGCACCACCCGGUGGACUGUCUAUCGUACGACGCUGGCUGAUGACCCUUUGAUACAGACAUCGAAGACACCGAGCCAAACUUCCCUCCUCCGCCUGCAAGCCACGCCUGAUGCCUUGGUCGAUGUCGCCCAUGGAACAGCCAUGAUGGAUGAUUGA